AUGCAGUCGCUUCAUCCCAGCCCCGCCAGGCCGAUCGGGCCUCGUUCACUCCACCGUCCGGCCUCUCCUCACCCGUUUCCUGAGGUCACCCCUCUCAACAUCCGCCCCAAGGCGGUUAGGGAACAGUCCACGGGAUCUAGUCUUCUCUCGCCUCCUUCGAAUGGCUCACCCAUCAUGCCAGGUUCUUCUCCUCGGCGAAAAAUUGCGUUCCCCAAGCUCAACUUUGAAGGCAUCAGCCUUGGAGCUGGUCCCGCUUUUCAAGGGAUUGGUGGCCCCCAGCCCCAUAACUCGCCGCAGCAAGCCUUCCAUUCACACCCGACUGGCGACAGCGAGCCCACGAUCCGCCCUCCGGACCACACGAUCUCGCCUCAGAACCCGCCCCCGCAGGCGUUGUCGAUGGACGACCUCCGGCAGACAGUCGAGGAAUUUGACCAGUGGUCCGACGAUACACUCGAGGAGCUGGCCCGACUGGGCGAGGGCGCGGGCGGCGCGGUGUACAAGGUGCGCGACCGCCGGACGAACGUGGUGAUGGCGCGCAAAGCGAUCACGACGCUCGAGGCCCCAAUGAAACAGCUGCUGCGUGAGAUCAGGAUCACGUCGAGCACCGAGCACGCCAACAUUGUGCACUUCUACGGCGCGUACAUCAGCCCGAGCAGCAGCGAGGUCAAGGUGCUGAUGGAGUACUGCGAGGGCGGCUCGCUCGAGUCCGUCGGGAAGCGCAUGCGCGAGAUCGGCGGCAGGGUCGGCGAGAAGGUCGCUGGGCGGCUUGCAGAAGGGAUCCUUCAAGGACUCGCGUAUCUGCACUCGCGGAAGACCAUCCACAGAGAUAUCAAGCCACCCAACAUCCUCUUGACGCGCGAGGGAGUUGUCAAGCUCGCAGACUUCGGUGUUUCCGGCGAGUUGAUUAACUCUGUCGCGGGGACGUUCACUGGAACUAGUCUCUACAUGGCUCCGGAACGCCUGUCCGGCAACGAUUACACCAUUCGAUCAGACGUCUGGUCGACUGGCAUUACCCUCCUCGAGCUCGUCACAAACCGGUUCCCGUUCCCUACAGAUCUCGCGGCGAUCGAGCUCAUGAUGUACAUUAUCCAGAACGAGCCACCUGAGCUUGAAGAUGAGGAAGGCAUCGUGUACAGCGCCGAGAUGAAGGACUUCAUCAAGAAGACGCUUACUCGAGACCCUAAUGUCCGCCCCUCACCAAAGGAGAUGCUGGAACAUCCUUGGAUCGUCAGCGUCAUGCAGCACAAACUUGAUAUGGCUUAUUGGAUGCGCAAGGUCUGGGGCUGGCCAAGGGACCGGAAAAAGGGCGAUGGGUGA